AUGCGGGUCCGAGAGGCUCUCAACGCGCGCGACGUCGCCGUCAAUCGUCUCGCCGACGCGUGCGCGUCCGUUCAAGAAAAGUCCAAGGCCGUCCAUGAGCUCCAGCAGGAGAAGGCUGAGCUUCAGAGGCUACUUGAUAUAUGCAAUAAGAAGAGGGCAGAGGCCAUCGACGAUAAGGAGAACGGGCCUUGCAAGUGCCAGGAAGAUGCGAUAUCGGAGGAUGAAAUGUAUGCUGAGGGCAAGAACGAGCUCAAGGCUACGAUGAAGAAGGUGGAAGAUCAGCUAGCGGCUGUGCGGGUCUCGGAUCCUGCAGGCGGCGGAGAGACAGACGACAAUAAGUACAAGGUGAGCAAUAGGUGCUCUGCCAUCACCACUAUGUCUUCAUCGUCGAUCACCAAGUUGUUGAACGACUGCUCCUCCGCGACGACUCCGCUCAGAGACGUUGCCAACGUGUAUGCUCUUCCUCCGCUGUCGAGUCCGUUCACCAUGCCUCUCACUCCGGCGAUCGAUCAGCCUGACUCUCCUUGGACACCCAUCGACGGAGAACGCACAACACUCCCAACCCUCAGUACCACGGAGAAGAUCAAUGCAAGAUACGCUGUGCUUGCUUCUCUCCCACUCCCUUCGGGAAUUCCAGAGGAUUCUCUCACGCCCAUUCUAAUCCCUUCGCCGCAUUCUAUACAUGAAUUUAUCGCAACGACAUCCGGGGUAGUUGACGUUGCGCAUUUUGGCAGGCUGGGCAACUAUCGUGUCUUCCAGCAAUCGACGACGACCUGGUGCCCCGAGCGCGAGGAACAUGGGUACUACCUCACUCCGGUCUUCAAGUGUAGCACCAACCCCCGGGUCAACACUGCACAUCGUUGGUCUGCUGCCGACAUUGCAUCCAGAUUCGACAUACCCACAGAAUGUUUCUACAACAAGGACGGAAAGUGGUACUACGCCGGGAUAUACAAGUCGUUCCGUCUCGACGAUCUCUGUCCGCAAGAAUGGGAGUGCUUAUCGACCGAAACUUCGCAAGCCCUCAUCAAAGAGACACUGGCAGCGCGCAAGAACACCUCUCCACAAAACAUCUACGAGGUCUCCCAACUCUACUCGGCGGGUGCUCUUCGCGUGGCUUGCAUCGGUGUCCAAUGCAUCGGCUUCAACAACGCUCUCUACCGUGACGUCCUCCAACAUGCUGUCCUGUGUUCUCAGUCUGGCAAAUGGCGCGGCUCCACUGGAACCUUCUCUCCUGGACUUGGACUGACACCUGGAAGCGCUGGCGGUGGUACUGUAUGGAACAGCCCGACGACGAGCUGCGUCCCUCCUGGUAGCGGCCCGGGGAGCAACGGGCGGGGGAUCAUUGGGCUUGCACCUGGUGUUGCUCAGUCCCCGCAGACACCGACUGUCAGGGUCACGCAGCAAGGCUCUCAAGACUCUCAGACUACUUUUGGUGGGCGCCCCGCCUGA